UGCCAACCAAUCCACCUAGCAACCAGCUUCAUCUCCAUUCUCCCACAUACGGAGAUUCCCUCUCCCUCUCCCUCUCCCUCUCCCUCUCCCUCUCCAACACCCUAAUUUUUCACUUUUUUCAGAGGUAUACAUCGCGACUUUCUCGAUAUUUCUCCUCCAAUCAAACGAAAUUGUAUCAGUUCACUCAACACGCUACAGCCGACUACACCGGAUUCAAUCACACGCACUUUUUAUGUUUAUUAUGGGUAAGAACAAACAAAAAUGACUGCGCAGACGUUUUAGCACGUCAAUUUUUUCCCAAAAUCGAAACCAAAAAAUCCAUAAUUAUCUCAUGCAAAUAAAUAUUUAAACCCCUAUAUUGUGAUCAUCUUUACUCUCUAAGAGGAGAGCCGUAUAUAUAAACACAGAGAAACGGGGGGAAGGGGGUAGCCCUUUUGUGUGUGUAUAUAGAUAUUUAAUUGAUUUUUUAUGUUUAUCGGAAAUGCCGAGCAUUGGUGUGAAAUUAUACAGUGUUUUCUUUAAAUUCAUGCUAAAGCAUCGGUUGCAAAGCCGAUUACAGGCGCCGGAAAACGACACCGGCGGCGGUGGAGGGAGCUCCUUCGGAGUAACGUCACGGCCGGAAGAGGAGACGGCCGCUGCCGCGAAUCCCUCGUUUACUGAUGCCGUUGCCACAAAGGAUAUCCACAUCGAUCCUGUAACGUCUUUGUCAAUCCGAAUUUUUCUUCCGGAUACCUGCUUCAAUUCGCCCGAAGCGGUCUCCAGGUCUCGGUCGACUGUCGUGAAUUCUGGAUCCGAUCCGAACCAAAUCCUGAUCCGCCGCAACAGCUAUGGGUCGUCGGAUAGCUCUGUUUCCAGCAGCAACGGUGUAAUUGUGAAGCGUGCGCAGAAUCAUGAUAAUUUUAGGAGGAAUAGCUACGGCUGUAGUAUUGAUGAUGGGAGUUUGAAACCGGAGAAUGGAAUUUACAGAGGGUAUAAUCCGAUGGGGAAUAAUUGUCGAAAACUGCCGGUGAUGCUGCAGUUCCACGGUGGAGGAUUUGUGAGUGGGAGCAACGAUUCAGUGGCUAAUGAUUUUUUCUGUCGACGGAUUGCAAAGUUGUGUGAUGUGAUCGUGUUGGCCGUGGGGUAUAGAUUGGCACCAGAGAAUAAAUACCCCGCAGCAUUUGAAGAUGGGUUGAAGGUGUUGCAUUGGCUGGCAAAGCAGGCCAAUUUGGCCGAAUGUAGUAAAUCCUUGGGAAGUACCUUGGGUGGGGGGCCAGAUAUGAGGAAGGCUGAUGGUCAUUGGCAUAUUGCCGAUGCCUUUGGAGCUUCAAUGUUGGAGCCUUGGUUGGCUGCUCAUGGAGAUCCAUCAAGAUGUGUACUUCUUGGGGUGAGUUGUGGAGGAAAUAUUGCUGACUACGUUGCACGUAAAUCUGUUGAGGCUAGUAAGCUUUUGGACCCAGUAAAGGUGGUGGCUCAGGUUUUGAUGUAUCCAUUUUUCACUGGAAGUGUGCCCACACAUUCUGAGAUAAAACUGGCAAAUUCCUAUUUCUUUGACAAGGCUAUGUGCGUACUUGCAUGGAAACUUCUCUUACCAGAGGAGGAGUUCAGCCUGGAUCACCUUGUUGCCAACCCUCUUGUUCCAGAGAGAGGACCACCUUUGAAGAAGAUGCCUCCAACACUGACAGUGGUGGCUGAACACGACUUGAUGAGAGAUCGAGCCAUUGCUUACUCAGAGGAGCUUCGGAAGGUAAACGUGGAUGCACCUGUUCUCGAGUACAAGGACGCAGUUCAUGAAUUUGCAACUCUUGACAUGCUUCUUAAGACCCCUCAGGCCCAGGCUUGUGCUGAAGACAUUGCCAUUUGGGUUAAGAAACAUAUUUCACUUAGAGGCCACGAGUUCUCAUACUGAGUUGCAUAAAUGAAAUAUUGACAGCAGCACUUGCAUUUUUAGCAUGUUUUGUACGUUAGGAGGCGGCAUCACUGGACAGGAUUAAGGAGGAAAAAUAAUUUAAAAUUUAGUGCUGUGUAAUGUAUAGUGUUGUCUAAUACUAUGUACCAAAAAUGCCCCUUAUGUCUCAACGAUUGAAGGAUCACUGGUUUGGGGUUUGUAACAUGCCAUCUUAUGUUCAUAUAUUGAAGGACAAUUUGUUGAUUCUUCGUGGAAGACAGGUAUCUUGCUUUAGAUUAGUUUUCUAGUGGAGUUUGUGAGGCGAAAUUCUGUGUGAACUUCUUUGUCCACAGAUUUGCAUAUUGUAAUAUUUUUUCAUCAUAAUGUAAUAUCGAAGAAAAUCUUUCUUUCU